UCGGUUUAUUAUCAACAUCCCAGAAGAAGAGCGACAGCGACAAGAUCUCGUUCGGAUAUUUUUCCAGAUAGAACUUGCGCAUUGGUUCUAUCUUGAUUUUUAUUGCACUGAGACAAAUCUACAGCUAAAACCUUGUGGGAUUAAAGAAUUUGCUACUAAAAUAUUUAAACAUUGCCCAUUCUUGCAAGAGCAUGCUGAUAAUGUUGAAGAGAUACUUGCAAACUGGAAGGAGUACAAAAUGGCUGUACCCACUUAUGGAGCAAUUAUGGUUGACCCAACACUGCAAUUUUGCCUUCUAGUUCAGGGUUAUUGGGCCAAGGCAAGCUGGGGUUUCCCAAAGGGGAAGGUAAAUGAAGAGGAAGCAGAACACGACUGUGCAAUAAGAGAGGUAUUAGAAGAGACUGGUUAUGAUAUUAGUGGAUUAAUAGACAAACAUGAACACAUAGAGCUUAAAAUCAAUGAGCAGGUGACCAGACUCUACAUUGUCCCUGGGGUGCCCAUGGAUACAGCAUUCAUGCCUAAAACAAGGAAAGAAAUCAAGAAUCUUGAAUGGUUUGAGAUUGAACAUCUUCCAAAACACAAGAAAGAUGAGGUCUCUAAAGAAAAACUUGGUCUCAAUCCAAACUCCUUCUUUAUGGUUAUGCCUUUUGUAAAACAUUUGAGAAAGUGGAGAUCCAGGAAACUGAACCAGCGUGAUACUCAUGAACAUUCUGUGUCUCCAUACCAACAACAUAAACAUCAGCAGACCAAACAUAGUAAACUUCUAACUAGUGGGACCAAACCACUUUCUACAAAUGAGAGACAAAAACAACAGGAGCAGUUUGCCCUUCAGAACCAGCAAGAAUUCCAAGAUUAUGUAGGAUUGGGUCCAGGAAUGAAGUUGACAUCCGCAUUAGCAAAUGAUAAAAAACAACAUAAUGGGAAAACCACCAAAGAUAAAGACCCCAGAGCACAAUCCUCAUCCCCACCUCCUAGGUUUAAGAAAGGUCGUCCUAAUGCCCAAAGUACACCUACCAAACCACAUACUAAGAAUGCUUCACAGAUACAGCCCCACAAACAGUUUUUAAUAUUGAACAGGGAUGGUACUUAUACUGAGGUGUCUAAUGAUGCAAAGCCACAGCCAAAUAUAACAGAUUCCUCUGAGGAAGAACGAAAUUAUACAAAAACCUCAAGACCAAGACGAUCAAAAAAGGACCAUGAAUUCUCAUCAAAAACCUGGACAAAUUUCAAACUAGAUGUACAAUCAAUAAUGAAUCUAUUCCCCUGAUGGAUUUCUCUUCACUAGUGCACUAGCAUUCCUUUAGAGGCUUUCCUUUAAUGAAUCUAUUGUUUACCAUAUGACAGUUGUCACUAUCCUUAGACCAAGAGAGGGAGGAAUUCCUACCAUCUAAAUGAGAGCUUUGAUUCAGAUGUUAUUGAACCAAUGAGGUACCUGUCAUGGACGUUUCAAUAUGAAGAUGAAGCUCUCUAGUAAAGAAACAAAGUCAAACUAUUGGAAAAUAUGUUAGAAGGGAUUUGCAUUUUCUUCUGUUUUAUGACAUAUUUUAAUUCUUUGUAUAUUUUUUAAGAAGAUCUUUAAUUUACCCAGUUUAUUUUAAUUUGUUCAAUUUCCAAGCAAGGAGGAUUUGCUUCCAGAGUGCAACAUCGAUAUUAUGUCCCAUAUAUGGGCAUGGCAUGAUGCAAAAUUCGAAUUCAAACAGCCGCCAUUUUGUUCACUUCAACAUUUGAAUCAUAAAUUUUGGUCUUAUUCCAAACAAAAAAUUCCAAAACUCAGAAGAAAUUGAUCGAGAUCUUG